AAAAUUAAAAAACUUUUAUUGUAAUUAAGUGAUAUUUAUCUACAAAAGGUCGGCAAGGCACAAACGUAUAGUAUCUAAUUUCGGCUUUAAUUCCUUGAUUCAUGCCCUAACCUCCACCACAAAAUUUUAAAUCCUCCUUUUGUCCCACCGUAUCCGUGAUUAUGUGUUUAAUGGGAAACUUUUACCUUACGAUUUAAUUUUCGUUUUAAUGAUCCAACUAUACAAAAAGAUAGUAGUAACUUUUUUCUAGUGUUAUUUCGAAUCUCGUGUCAAUGUUUGUCCCAUAUCAAGUAAAAACUUUCAUAAUAUGAAUUUGGUUACGGUAUCAUUUUUUUUUUUUUUUUACUUUUUAGAUAAGACUUUAAAGCUCAUAAAGAUUGUGAAAAGAUUUGGGUUUGACUUCAUUAUUACAAUUACUUUUUUUUUUUUUAAUUUAUAUUAAUUUUCAUGACUCACAACCUUUUUCUCCAAGUGGCUGCUUAAUCAUCCACGUCAUCAAAGUCUCCCAGAGUAUUAGAUUAUCUCACGAGGCUCAUGGGGUUGAACCCUACCAAACUCAACGCAUUUCGAGUAGAAGCAGAUAGCGGAAGCAAAGCGAAGGCUCAACGAAACUCCAAAACGGAAAAAGAGAUAGAGAGAGUUGAGCUAACAACAAAUAUAUCCCAUUGCUUUGAGGAAACCCCAACUCCCCCACUCACGUGCCAUAAACAGUGUAAAAUUCCACUUUAUCUAUAUCCGCCUUUAUCACUCGCAUACAAAAAUUAUUAAUUAACAUAUUUCUCACGUGCCUAAGAAUAUGACAAAAUCUAAUAACAUAAAAUCUCAAAACACUAAUUAAUUUCUCAGAUAUUAAUAAAUUCCCUAUUGCUUAAAUCACCCAAAGAUAUUUAAUCAGCAAUUUACUUAAUUACUGUUUAUAAAAUAAAAAAAGACAGUAUCUGCCAUACUUCAUCCAUGGUUGAAGUUGAAAUAUAAUCAAACAUUAUCUAUCCAACUUUCAGCAUGCAAUAAUGAAAAUUGUUCACACAUUUUUUUUUCAAAUUCAGAUAGUUAGAUUGAGGAAAGAUAGAACUAUAAAACGUGGACGUGGACGAGGGUCGGUAGUCUAACCUCUAUUUGGAAACCCAGCCAAAAGCAGAGGAAGGUGCAACUGAGGUUGACUCACUUCCCCCUCUCAAUGUCUCUGCAAGUUGGCUUUAAUUGGUUGGUUGGAACUGCCAGUUCAUUUCCUAAACAAAGAGAAUCUUCAAGGGGUACACCUUGGGGGACCUCUUUGGGUCCCAAACUACCUUAACAUCUUUAAUGUAAAAGAAUGUGAACUUUUUCAUGUUUUAUGCUGUACCCUACCCAAAUACAAUCGUGACUCUACAAUGCUUAUUUUCGACUAAUAUUUUAGGGUAUUUUUCUGUUGCAUACAGUUACAGAGUUUGCCCUCUACUGCUCUUUCUUUCCCCCUUUUCGGCUCUGCUUUUUUGUAAAGCUAGCAAGAUGCAUAUUAUCAUCAAAUGAUGAGACACGUAUCAAAAACAAAAAGUGGUCGGCCAAAAAAAAAAAAUACAGAUAAUGAUAACGCGUCGGCUGAUAACAUCUGAGAGAGGAAGGAAGGAGGUGGAAGGUGGAUGUGGGGAUGAGAAGCCAAUUGGAGCAUAUGGCGGGAUUGCAUUUUCACACUUAUGGUUCUGAUUGCGUGGCAAAAACAAACAACUUCAGCCCUUACUAGGAAGGAGAAAAGGGAAUGGUAUUGAAAUGGAAUUUUAUUUUUUGGAGAUGUUUAGCCAAAAAAAAAAAAGGAUAACAAAAGACUUGAUUGGAACACGUGGCAUCCACAAAUCAAAACAUCCUCCUCAUUCUACUAUGGCUGUCUGUUCUGAAGUGAAAACACCAAAACAAAUUUUUCACAAAAAUCCGUCCUAGCGAAACGCCUUGUCUAUAUAUCAUACACACCUUCACAUGCUUUAAUGAUGGAGCUCCCACAACCACCAGCUGCACCAUUUCACCAGCCGAAGCACCAUUACUGUUGCCAUUACCUGCUUGCAUUCAAACUACUCUCUCUCUUUCUCUUUCUCUUUCCCUCUCCUCUUUUUUCUCUUUCUCUCAGAAAUUUCAUUGCUGCAACUGGCAACUGCAUUGCUGCACCCCAUGUCAGCCAGUUUCACUGCUUUCCAUUUUGUGACAUUCAUGGUAGUUUCUUCUCAAGUGAUCUCCUUCCAUCACUUGGGGCCAGAAUUAACCAGGCGACCAAGCUACGUAAAUACAUCAUUUCCCCUUUCAACCCUCAUUAUAGGGCUUGGGAGAUGUGGCUGGUUGUUCUUGUCAUUUACUCUGCCUGGAUCUGUCCAUUCGAGUUUGCGUUCCUAACUUACAAGAAAGAUGCACUUUUCAUUGUUGACAACAUUGUCAAUGGCUUCUUUGCUGUUGACAUCAUUCUCACCUUCUUUGUUGCAUAUCUCGAUAGCCAAUCUUAUCUCCUUGUUGAUGAUCCCAAGGAGAUUGCCAUCAGGUACAUAUGUACCUGGUUUGCUUUCGAUGUCUGUUCCACUGCCCCAUUUCAGUCUCUCAGCCUCAUGUUCACAGAUCAUGGCAGUGAAUUUGGUCUCAGGCUACUCAACAUGCUCAGACUCUGGCGUUUGAGACGAGUCAGCUCUUUGUUUGCAAGACUUGAGAAAGACAUCCGGUUCAACUACUUCUGGACUCGCUGCACCAAGCUCAUUUCUGUGACCCUGUUUGCAGUACAUUGUGCUGGAUGCUUUAACUAUCUGAUUGCAGAUAGAUACCCAGAUCCUACGAGAACCUGGAUUGGUGCAGUAUACCCAAAUUUCAAAGAGCACAGUCUCUGGGAUAGAUAUAUAACUUCAAUUUACUGGUCCAUUACAACGCUCACUACAACUGGUUAUGGGGACUUGCAUGCUGAGAAUCCAAGAGAGAUGCUAUUUGAUAUCUUUUACAUGUUGUUUAAUUUGGGAUUAACAGCUUACCUCAUCGGGAACAUGACAAACCUGGUAGUUCACUGGACCAGCCGGACCCGUAAUUUUAGGGAUACAGUCAGAGCUGCUUCAGAAUUUGCAACACGAAAUCAGUUGCCCCCCCGCAUACAAGACCAAAUGUUGUCACACAUAUGCCUAAGAUUCAAAACAGAAGGAUUGAAGCAACAAGAGACCCUAAAUAGUUUGCCAAAAGCCAUUCGCUCAAGCAUUGCACAGCAUCUCUUCGUCCACAUCGUGCAGAAAGUCUAUCUCUUCCAAGGAGUUUCUCAUGACUUCCUCUUUCAGUUGGUUUCAGACAUUGAUGCUGAGUAUUUCCCACCCAAAGAAGAUGUCAUUCUGCAGAAUGAAGCCCCAACAGAUCUUUAUAUACUUGUUUCAGGAGCAGCUAACUUAAUCUCCCAUGCUGAUGGUGAUCGGGUUAUGGGAAAGAUAGCAGCGGGGGACAUGUUUGGAGAGGUUGGAGUUCUAGGUUAUAGGCCACAGCCAUACACAGUACGGACCACUGAGCUUUGUCAAAUACUACGUCUGAAUGGAACUUCACUGAUGAACACCAUACAAGUAAAUAUGGAAGAUGGACGUGUUAUAAUGAAUAAUCUUUACAGGAAAUUGAAUGGGCUAGAGAGCAGCAGCUUUGAGGAGCCCAACAUAGGUCCGGGGUUAGUCCCAAAUAAAAGGCUGGGGGGAGGAGAAAUGGGAGGAAGUUGUUUGGAUGCUGGAUUUGAAGAUCAACCACAGAGAUAUGCAUCAAAGAAAGAAGCAAUAGACAUAGAUUUCUUGGAAUCAGAGGCUAUAGAGAAGAGUCACACAGGUAGAUAUCCAAAUAAAGGAACAACAACAGCAGAGGAUGACCAAACAGCUCUCCAUGAGGCUGUUCGCAAGGGGCAUAUUGAAAUGGUUAAGAUUUUGCUCGAAGGAGGAGCAAGUGUACAUAAACCGGAUGCAAAAGGAAGGACGCCAAAAGCAUUGGCAGAACAGCAGGGAAACAAGAACAUACAUGACCUCUUACUGAGUUAUGAAAAGAAAAGAAAGUUAGAUGAACAUAGGAUAGAGAUUAUUGGGCCAGAAAUAACAGAUGACCCCAAGAAUAGUCAAAACAAACAUAGAAGUGGGGCCCAAAAUUUCUUCAAUUCACCUAGUUAUAAAGAGGUAAUAAUACCAAACAAGAAAAGAAUUACUAUUCACAUGCAGUUCCAGACCAGCAGUACAUCAAGUAGACAAUUCGGAAAGUUGAUACUCCUACCUGAUUCAAUACACGAGCUGCUCAGAAUGGCUGGGGAAAAGUUUGGAGGCUACACAUUUACAAAAGUCGUUAAUGCUGAGAAUGCAGAAAUAGAUGAUGUACAUGUCAUUCGAGAUGGUGAUAAUCUGUUUCUCCUUCAAGAUGAAGGUGACAAUGUAGAUUUCAAUGUGACCUGAUGAUAAUAAAAAGGCAGUCAAGAAUAGAUGCAGACAGUUUGUAACCUUUAGGCAAUGCCAAUGAUGAUGAAAUAAUAACAAAAAUAUAAUAGAAUCAGUUGAUUUGG